AAGUAUACUUGCUUGUACUGAUAGAAAAUCUAAAUGACUCAAGAUUUCAAGACUGAAAUUCCGAUAUAGUCAAAUAUUUCAGUUACACUGUUAUGACUAAUCCUCAUUAGCUCAGAGUAACUGAAGUAUUCUUCUAGAGUAGUUCAAAUUCUAGAACAGUCCGGAAAUUUUGGGUUAUUGAAAUUUUGUCGGAAUUAUUUUUUUUUUUUAAAUUGAAAUUUUGGAGCAAAUAUUGUUGGCGGGGAUUGCAUUCUAUAGCAUCAAAUGUCAUAAAACCUGGCUUCCAUAGCUGAUGACUAGAUUCUCAUUUCUGACAUAUUGCGUACAUUUAUUAACACGAUCUGCACAAACUGAAACAGCUAAGUUUAUUCAUUGUUUCACUCAUUGUAUCUUUGUUUUUCUGUAAGAAAAUUGGAUCUAUUUAUUUUGCAGAAGUCUUUCCUUGUUUAUCUAGCUCAUGCAUAUUCCUAAAACUUCCCCCACAUUGUCAGAGUUGUACGAUGUAAUAUUUCUUCAUACUGUAGUUUUCUAUCACCUCCCGAGCUGCGGAGGAGGGUGAGCAUACACGGAGUACUUCACUUCGCGGGUUUAUUUGACAACGAAAACUUUUAAAGUCCUUUGUUGCUUGUGGGGCUGAUUCUUCUUCUUAUUUACUGCAGGGUUAUGUUGUGAUAGGUUGAAAUGGCAAUAAAAAUAAAGUGAUAAAGAUGGCUGAAGCUCUGCCACAUCCUUUGACAAGACUGCAACCAAUCUCAAAGCCAAAGCCCCCUGGAAGUUUUGAUCAACUUGAUAUAACACCUGAAAAAGGCACUUUACAAAAGAAUGCAGAGACAAAGAAUGUUAAACCAUUAUGCAGGAAAAAAGUUGCUUUUGCUGAUGAUUUGAAAAAGGUUGGAGAUAGCAAAGAUGAUGCUAUUAUCAAUAGGUCUUCAGAACAAUACCCCAGCUUGGCAAAUCCACAAUUAAACUCAACUUAUGGGGUUUCCAAACAGAUGGAAAAACUGAAGUUAAGCAAGAUCUGUGAUGAAAAAUCACUCACUGAAAAUUUGCAUUGUGACAAUGGGAAGCUACGGUUUGUUAAAGAAAAAGCUACAACUGCUCUGAACUUCAAGAGAAAUCAGCAACAUUUUACUGACCUUAUUCCUGUGGAUGUUGAUAUAGAAAAAGACCUGCAAAAAGCUGCUCCUAAAAGGAUUGCAUAUGAAGUAUCUAAAUCUUCAAAAACGGAUGUGCUUGGUGAUGAAGAUAUAAUGGAAUUUUGGACAGAUGAUCUAAUGACUGACAACCCAAAAUUAGAUUAUGACAAAGACAUUGAUCAAGAAUUACUAGAACCUGAAAUUCCAAUAAAUGAUACUAGCUAUCUGACAGAGUUGUACUUUUGUAAAGAAAUUGCAUCCCAGUUUAGGUAACCUCUAGUGUAAAUACAUCAACAUAUUUUUAAA